AUGAAUAUAAAUCAAAAUACUCUUUCAAAAAAGAAAUUAGAAAAUGAAAUGUACCAAAGAAAUUCUAAAUCCAUUUUGAACGAUAUUUUAAAAAACUCUAGUCUAAGAUCAGCUUUUUAUGAUUUUUUAAAAUCACAAUUCUGUGUGGAGAACUUGUUAUGUUGGGAAGCUAUCGAAAAAUAUAAGAGUAAAAAUGGAUCUGCAUCCGAAAUGUAUACCAUGGCAGAAGAAAUUUAUAAAAAAUUUAUUAAAGAUAAUUCUAAAUAUGAAAUUAAUAUAUAUAGUAAACAAAAAGAUUUAUUAAAGGAGAAGCUGAAAAAGACAUUUGUAUUGCCAACAACGAUAAACAAGACAGAGACAUUUCCCAAACGAAAGUCAAAAAAGAAAUAUUGGGCGGAUGUUAUAUUACCUGCAUUGAAGAGUUCCACUUCGUACGGAAGUGGCAGUGGUAGUGGUGGCAGUUCAAAUAUAUUUACCAACUCUUCAUCGUCGUCGUCAUCAUCUCCAUCAUCGUCGUCGUCAUCGUCGUCGUCUGGAAAUAUGGCCAGCAAUAUAAAUAGUAGUAAUCAUCUUAGUUUAACAACCAACAACAGUAGUUAUAUAUAUAGUAAUGUCAAUGCGAAUGGCAACGGUAAUACAGGUACCUGCCAAAAUCAAAACAACAACAAUAGUAACUCAAACAGUAUUGUCAGUCCCAAGUUUUUUCACAGUCCACGCGUUUCGAGGUCAGCCAGCGCUUCAAACCCAGCGGCAGCACUACCCAAUGGAACAAGCUCGCCAAAUCCAUCGCCCUAUACAUCGCCAUUUUGCUCUCCCACACACUCACCAACCUCCAACAACAACGCUGCAACAGUGGUUGGCACCAAUGGAACCACCCAGGACAUUGGUGGCAGCAUCACCUACUACUCGACGUCUAGUACCACUGCCAAUGGAAAUGACACCGGUGUCGGUAGCAACGGUUACCAUACCCACAGUUACAGCAGCAGCACUGGUGGUUUCAAUUCGGGCAACCACAGAAAGAGCAUGAUUAUUAAUGGAUCGUCAUCAUUCUCUGGAAGCACAGACGAGUCGACAGCAGAUCAUCUCGAAGUUGACUUUGACGAUCUUUUCAACGACGAUUCCAUCGAUGUAGACGAAGUUAGAUUCGGAAGUCUAAAUAGCAACUAUCUUUUCAACGAUAUACAAGAGGAACUGGAACAAAUGAUGAUAGAGAACUCUUUGGGUGAAUUUUUAAAGUCAAAGAUUUAUCUUGAGAGAUCUCAAGGUAAUUCUUUGCCUUAA